AUGAACCAUAUUGCGUUGGUGCAUGCGCAUGAACCAGGUUUCAAUAUUACAUGCGGACUUAACGGCUGCAGCAAAACUUUCAAGAAGUACGACAGCUACAGGAAACACGUGCAAAGGAAGCACAGAGACGUCGUCCCACCAGCGAGGAUAAUUCCACCGUCCAGGACCGAAGACAACAGUGCAGGACCCAACGAAAAUGAUACCGAGCCAACUUCGAGCGACACUGACGCUGGAUCCUCGACGCCAAAUUCCACGCGGCAGGAAACCGACGACCCUACGACAUACACGAGCGAGAUGCUCAACAACAUGAAGAGGCAUCGUGUACUCCUCAGCCUGAAGGUGACAGAAAAUCACAUGCUACCUCAAAGUGUUUGCGACGACAUCUUCAAGGACGUUAGAGUACUUCUGGAGCUGCUUCUGGAUUCCUGCAGGACGUACUUCAACUUACUUGUGUCAAGCGGCCGACUCACCGUGUCUUCGGAUAAUGGCAUGUUGUCUCUUCUCUCAAGUGAUAUGAUUGACAUGUUGUGGGACGUGAUCAGGUCAGACCAUACGCGGCUCAAGUACGUGCAGGAGCACUUUCCGUUUGUGCCGCCAAAGGAAAUUAACCUAGAUGAAAACAUCCACGGACGGUCACAUAGGCAUGUGUUCUAUUAUGUGCCCAUCCAAGACAUGCUAAGAAACUUGAUGACGGCAGACAUCGGAAGCCAUAUCCUCGCCAGACAGCAGGAAGACCGUAUUUGGAACAUCCAUAAUCAGGUCCUCACUGAUGUUUGUGACGGAAGCUAUGAAAAGUCCCACGCACUGAUUGAGGAUGGAUCGGCUGGAACGCUGCUUUUGUUGCUGUACACCGACGAGCUGGAGGUGGUGAACCCACUUGGUGGUGCAUACGGUACACACAAGCUUCUUGUCGUGUACAUGAAUCUCCUGAACUUGCAUCCCAAAUGCCGCUCCAGGUUAAAGACAAUCAAUCUCGUCCUCGUGGUGAAAUACCCACUAGUCAUGCAGUAUGGGCUUCAGAAGAUUAUGGACCCAAUGGUCGCUGACCUUAACGCCUUGCAGACAGAUGGAAUCGACAUCACGCUUACUGGCUCAGCUCUUCACUUUAAAGUCCGUGUCGUUGGAUUCAGUGGUGACAACCUCUCCCUAAACAGGUUAGGAGGAUUCACCUGCGGCUUCAGUGCUGGACGAAUAUGCCGCUAUUGUUUAGCCAACGCUAGGGACAUGCCGUCACUGACCGAAGAAGCUCGCUGCUCGGUAAGAUCUACGGAGGGGCAUAUGAGUCAUAUUGCGGCCGCGGAGCUCAGCGCUGACAACGUGAAAUUGUACGGAGUGAAAGAAAGGUCGUGUCUACUCUCUCUCAACGGUUUUGAUGUCACACGACAACUUCUUCCUGACCUGAUGCAUGACAUGUUAGAAGGAGGCAUAAAUGUUGUCAUCAAGGCAGUCCUGAACUCUCUUCUGGCUUCCAAAACGCUUUUGAGAGCUCACUUCAGUGCUGUAUCGCAGUUUCAAUUUAAACGUCAUGACAUCAAGAACAGGCCGCUCACUAUAGUACUCACAAACUCGGACAAAUUUUUCGCUGACCGCAUUCCUGAAGGGAACCCUGACUGGGAAAUCUACCUGCAGUACCGCGAAAUUGUGAACGUGCUGUCGUCGGACAAGAUUCCUGUCGACUGCGUGAACUACCUUGAAGUGCAGAUAGGUUCAUUUCUCAGGGCUUUUGUUGAAAGAUACCCAGAAGUGAAGGUGACGCCGAAGAUCCACUACCUGAUACACUACCCCCGUUACAUCUCACUUUUUGGGCCCCCUCGCAACUUUUGGUCCAUGGGAUUUGAAGCCAAGCAUGCAAGAGUGUUCCUGGUGAUCCGGAGAAAAUUCUGCGGACGAAAUACAUUGCGCGUGGAUAUGUUGCUGUCAAUAGCUUUCUGA